AUGAGACUCCACGUUGCCAAACUAGCCGUCCUAGCCUGGGCAGCGGCCACCCUCCAACCGGCCGCCGCCUUCUGGGUGCUCAACUGCGGCAACCCCGUCGUCGUCGACCGCGUCGACCCCAUCACCAGCCCGGGCCGGGUUCCCUCGGGCCACGUGCACACCGUCAUGGGCGGCGACGCCUUCUCGUCGGCCAUGACGUACGAGGACGCCCUCAACUCGAGCUGCACCUCGUGCGCCAUCACGGCCGACCUGUCCAACUACUGGGCGCCCGCCCUCUACUUCCGCCACCAGGACGGCAGCUUCUCGUCCGUGUCCAACUCGGGCGGCAUGCUCGUCUACUACCUGCAGCGCGAAGACGAGCGGGACCCGCAAUACGAAAAGGGCAUCGCCGCCUUCCCGCCCGGGUUCCGCAUGAUGGCCGGCGACCCCUGGGCGCGCCGGCUCGUCGUCGACGUCGGCGACAAGGAGGCCCAGGCCACGCUGCGCGCCCGCGCCAUAUCCUUCGCCUGCCUCGGCCUCCCCCCCGGGGACCACGGCCUGACGUCGUUCCUGCCCAACCGCAAGUGCCCGGGCGGCCUGCGCGUGCAGGUGUCGUUCCCGUCGUGCUGGGACGGCGUCGGGCUCGACUCGGCCGGCCACCGCGACCACGUCGCGUACCCGUCCGACAUGGACAACGGCGUCUGCCCGCCCUCGCACCCGCGGCGGCUCAUGUACCUCUUCUACGAGAUCGUCUACCGCGCCGACGCCUUCGACGGCGAGUGGGGGCCCGAAGGGUCGGACCAGCCGUUUGUGUUCUCGCACGGCGACCAGACCGGGUUCGGGUACCACGGGGACUUUCUGAACGGCUGGGACACCAAGGUGCUGCAGGACGCUAUCGACGGCUGCCGCGGCGACAUCCGCGGCGCGGAGGACUGCCCCGCGCUCAGGGACCACGUGCAGCCCGUCGCCAAGAUGAACAGGUGCACCAAGCAGCAGGAGUACAAGGAGAAGGUGCUGGGAGAGAGCCUGCCGAGCCUGCCGGGCUGCAACCCCGUGCAGACGGAGCAUCCGGCCUCGCAGAGGACCUGCGAUACACCGAGCAACGGCACAAGAGCCGUCCCCGGCGGAGAGAGUCAAUCUUCGGCUAACAGCCGGGAGACGCCUCUGUUGGGUCGGCUGGUGAGGCGGCUUGGGGGUCUCGGUCGAUGGAGAUUGCCUUCAUGAGAGUUGAGCUUCAGUUUCUAAUACCGCUACCGGCAGGCUGGCGCAGGCGUGGUUCUGUAAAUAGGGGGCCAAGACUGAUAAUAUCGCUGAUGGAAACAGCCUAGACGUGACAUACGGGGUGAAUAGAAUUUGCC